ACGAUCCCCCCUUCUCUCUCUCUCUCUCGAACGACAGCCCGGCCGUUGACCUUUGUGUUCGCGGCGGCGCACGCUUCCUUCUCUCUAUUUCUCUCUCUCGAUCUCCAUCGAAGGAGACUCCGGUCUCUCCAUCUCCUCCCUGAACUCUGCAGCUCUCGGUAGAAGGUGGAACGGUUGGAUCGGGGGGGAUCGGCGGUGGCGUGUGGCGGAAUUGUUGGCUGAGGAGGGGCGUCAUGGAUCCCACCGAUUUCUCCCGCCCCCCGGCGGGCGAUGGCGACUGCAAUUUCGAGUUCGUCUCCCACUCGAGCAAUUUCUCUGACCGCCCGCUUCGCAUUGAGAUCGUCGCGGGGCCGCCGAAGGGCAGGCCGGAUGGCGAGGGCGAUUCCGAGUGGGACAGGCAUCGGAAGCGCCGGAGGGACGCGAUCGAGAAACGGAAAGAUGAACAAGAGGGGGAAGCUGUAGCGAUGACUGAAGAGUCUCCAUCAGGAGAUGAGCCUUCACGACACAGGGGUUCUUCUUGGAGUAUGGAUUCUCCUCCUGUAAUUAGCAUAAAAUCUCUAUCUGUAAGUUCCACAAUAUUAUCCGCAAAAAGUCCGUUUUUCUACAAGCUUUUCUCAAAUGGAAUGCAAGAAUCGGAUCAGCAGCAUGCUACAUUGCGGAUAGAUGCCUCGGAGGAAGCUGCUCUAAUGGAACUUCUCAGCUUUAUGUACAGUGGCAAGUUGUCGACCACCUCACCGACCCUUCUGCUGGAUGUGCUAAUGGUCGCAGACAAGUUCGAGGUGGUUUCUUGCAUGAGGCACUGCUGUCAGUUGCUGAAGAGCUUGCCGAUGUCUCAGGAGUCUGCACUACUCUACUUGGAGCUUCCUUCCAGCAUUUCAAUGGCGUCGGCUCUUCAGCCAUUAACCGAGGCAGCAAAGGAAUUCCUCGUGAACAGUUUCAAGGAUCUAACAAAGAACCAAGAUGGACUCAUGGAGCUACCUCUUGUCGGCAUGGAGGCAGUCCUCUCCAGUGACGAUGUCCAAGUUGCAUCGGAGGAUGCACUGUACGACUUGGUGCUAAAGUGGGCUCGUCGGCACCACCCCAAGUUGGAGGAACGGCAGGAGGUCUUCGGCGCGCGCCUCGGUCGGCUCAUCCGGUUCCCUUACAUGUCUUCCCGGAAACUGAGGAAGGUUCUGACGCACAAUGAUUUGGAUCAAGAAUUCACCAACAAGGCUGUGCUUGAGGCACUAUUCUUCAAGGUCGAGCCUGCUCACCGGCGACAGGCUCUUGCCACGGAUGACGUGACCAACAGAAGGUUCGUAGAGCGAGCCUACAAGUACCGGCCGGUGAAGGUGGUGGAGUUUGAGCUCCCAAACACUCAAUGCAUUGUCUACUUGGAUCUGAAACGGGAGGAGUGUGCACAUCUUUUCCCCUCGGGGCGGGUCUACUCGCAAGCUUUCUACAUCGGUGGGCAGGGUUUCUUCCUCUCGGCUCACUGCAACAGGGACGUACACAACUCUUGCCACUGCUUUGGCCUCUUCUUGGGGAUGCAAGAGAAGGGAUCGGUUAGCUUCACGGUAGACUAUGAGUUUUCUGCGAGGACCAUGCCAUCUGGGCAAUUCGACAGCAAAUACAAAGAAAAGUACACCUUUGCAGGGGGUAAGGCUGUUGGAUACAGGAACCUUUUUGCCCUUCCAUGGACAUCAUUCAUGGCUGACGACAGUCCCUACUUCAUCAAUGGUGUUCUUCACCUGAGAGCGGAAUUGACCAUCGAAUGAUACAUUCUCAGCAGCAGCAGCAGCUCAAUAGAAAUAAGUUUGUCAUUCUAUCGGAUAGUGUUAGAACAUAUGUAAGUUAGGUGGUGGAGAGUUUGGUGUCAAAACAAUAAAGAAAGUGUAAGAAUAAACCGAGGCAAAGUGGAACGACUUACACUGAAACAUAGCUCGAUAAGUUGGCAAAUUGUAUUUGUAUCUAAUCGCAUAAAUUUACUUAAUCAAAGGCAGUAACGAUGGAAUAUAAGAGAGGCAGAGAAGGAAAAAUAUUUGUAGGUGAGGCAUUACGGCAUACAAACAGUUGCUGCUCA